AUGGCGGCAGACGGUAACGGCUGGCGGUGGAGGGCUGUCGGCAACGACGGAGGGCUGUCGGCAACGGCGGACGGCUGGCGGCAACGGAGGAGGGCUGGCGGCGGACGGCUGUCGGCGACGGCAACGGCUGGCGACGGCAACGGAUCGGCAGCGGAGAUUGGGGGCGAAUUAGGGGGCAGCAGGCGGCGGGAUGACGGCGAACCGCAAGCAGCAGGCGGCGGCGGCGGGCGGCUGUCGGCGACGGCAACGGCUGGCGACGGCAGAUCGGAGGAAAGAGAGAUUGGGGGCGAAUUAGGGGGAAGCAGGCGGCGGGCAGCGGGCGGCGGAACGACGGCGUACCGCGGGCAGCAGGCGGCGGGCGGCGGUGGCAGAUCGGAGGAAAGAGAGAGGGGGAGAAAGUUUGAGAGAGAGAGGAGGAAAUAG